GAAGAAGAAGUAGUAGAAGAAGAAAAUGAAGAGUCAGCUGAUGAUAAGUCUUGUCAUGUGAUUUUACAUGAUUUAUUUAAAGGAAAAAAAAACUGUACGAGUAUCUUAUCAAAGAGGCGAAGCACAAAUGGGUCAGUGCCGAGCAGCGUUAGUUUUCCUUUUGUUUGCCAUCAUUGCCAGCAAAGGGCAUUCCACUCCACUGGCAGGUAGAGAAACCUGGGACUACUUGGAAGUUCGAGAUGGGGCCCACAUGUUCUGGUGGCUUUACUAUGCCGACAGCCAGUUUGUAAAAUAUCAAGAAUUUCCUCUGAUCAUGUGGUUACAGGGUGGACCCGGAGGUUCAGGAAGUGGCUUUGGCAACUUUGGAGAGAUUGGACCUUUGAAUACUGACCUAAAGCCCAGAAAGACCAGUUGGGUAAAGGCAGCCAAUGUGCUAUUUGUAGACAACCCAGUGGGCUCUGGGUUCAGCUACACAGACAAGCCAGAUUGCUACGCUACAAACGUUGCCACCGUGGCUUCAGACAUGUUGACCUUAUUAAAACACUUUUUUGCCAAGCUGGAUGAGUUUCAGACUGUACCCUUCUAUAUAUUUUCUGAAUCAUAUGGAGGAAAAAUGGCAGCUGCCAUUUCCCUUGAACUUGUAAAGGCAAUAGAACAAGGGGAACUCAAAUGUAAAUUUGCUGGAGUGGCACUUGGAGACUCGUGGAUCUCACCAGUGGACUCUGUUAUGACAUGGGGACCUUACCUAUAUGCUACUUCAAUGCUUGACAAUCAAGGUUUGGAUGAGGUCAACAGUGCAGCAGAGGAGGUGAAACGUGCUGUGGAAGAGCAACUGUUUAAGAAAGCCACAGAGUUGUGGUCUGUGGUCGAGACGGUGGUUGAGCAGAAUACCAACGGAGUAAACUUCUAUAAUAUUCUCUCUCAGACGUCAGAAGACAAUGUGGUCUCUUCAGCAGGAAAUAACUUAAUAUCUAUUCAGGCUUCAAGGCAUAUUCGUCCAUUGCAAGCACAAUCACUAAGUGAGCUGAUGAAUGGACCUAUUAGAGAGAAACUGCACAUUAUUCCUGAGAAUGUCACCUGGGGAGGCCAAGCAGAGGAGGUCUUCACCUACAUGGCGGGGGAUUUUAUGAAACCUGUGGUGGAUAUUGUAGACCAACUGCUGACUGCUGGAGUUAACGUUACUAUUUACAAUGGACAGUUAGACCUUAUUGUGGACACUCUCGGUCAGGAGCUGUGGGUGCAGAAGCUCAAGUGGGGGGGUCUACAUGGUUUUAAUAAGUUGAAGUGGACCGCCUUGGAAGACCCCGCUGCCCUUGGUGUUACUCGAGCUUUCUACAAGACUCAUAAAAAUUUUGCUUUUUAUUGGAUCCUCAGAGCUGGUCACAUGAUUCCAUCAGAUCAGGGACCAAUGGCUUUACAGAUGAUGAAGAUGAUCACCAAGCAAGUCUGAUGAUGGUGCUUUCUGAAGCCUUCUGGAAAGGCUGCUGUUUCUAAUCUUAUAUUUUAAAAAAUUGACUCUUUUAAAAAAUCCAUUUUUGAAUGUCCAAUUCUGCAAUAAAAAAUAAUAUUUUAAAA